GGCAGUGAUAUCAGGGCUAACCUCAUAAUAUAUAGCUGCUUCUCUUCCCAACUUGCUUGGAAACACUUUGCCCUUUGACGCCACUCACCAAACCCGCCGCCACCAUCACCACCACCACCUUCCGCUUUCCUCCGCCUCUCUCAGCUCUUCUAUGGUUCCGUAAAACUGCUGAACGAUGCAGAAUAUGUUACGAGGAAAGCAGAUCAGUUCCCUUUCAAGCACUGCUAGGAGCUUUUUCCUCAGUGGUUCACGAUGUAAUGGAGCUGAAGGAAAUUCAUGCACUUGUCCUGAGGAUGAAACAUGUGUAUCAAGAAGACAGAGGAGGAAAAAUGAAGAUUUACUUGUACAGAAGCCAUCUUCCUUAGUAUCCAAGACCACAUCUCAAGUGAAAGGAACCCUGGUUUCAGGAAACUCGGCAAGUUCAGCAAAUGCGCCAUGUAUCCGCAAGGCUGAGAGUGUUGAUCAAUCAUCUGCUCUUGUACAAGUCAGGUCUACUUUAGGUCCAUCAAGUAAAUCAGAUACUGUAACAUAUGCAUGUGUUGUUGAUGGUGUCCAGAACCAUGCUGUGCACUCAUCUCCUCUUGAUUCUGAACAAUUUUAUAGGGCAGGUAUUGCAGCUGUCAAUUUUCUUUCUGACUUUGUUAAUAAUAAGUUUCCUUCAUCAGAUGGGAUGGGAAUACUUAGCCACUCUAAAAAUUAUGUGGUUGAUGCGGCCAGAGCCCUGCCCAACAUCAGACCUGCGAGCGUGAAACAAAUUAGAAAGGAAGAUUUUACCAGUGUUCAUCCUAAACCACCUCCUUCUACACAUCCAGGGCCGUCAAAAGCUGCAAGUAGUUAUCAUGGUGCAAAGGGAAAAGUUGAUAAACCAAACCUAGGUAAAAGCUUUAAGCAUGUUGCUUCUUCAGGGAAAGAGAAAUCAAGAGUGGCUCCAAAUAUUCCUUUAAAUAAUAAUGACUGCAGAGCCUUGCCACAGAGAACAAGAACUCAUUCAAACCACUUUGUGACAAAUGAUGGUUCCAACACGCAAACUUUAAAUUCACAGAAGUCGGGCUCAUUCAAGGAAAGCUUCAAUAGACACCCCAGGGAUAUGAAAAUGCCAGCUGGAAUUGCUCAAACAAACAGGCAUUUUACAAACACAGGGCAUGUUGUUGAAACAAUUAAAGAUAUACUGCAACAGUUAAAGUGGGGUCCUGCUACGGAGAAGGCUCUUUAUGACCUGAAUUUUUCAAUAGAUGCAUAUCGAGCUAACCAAAUCCUAAAGCAGCUUCAGGACCAUUCAGUUGCCCUAAGCUUCUUUUACUGGUUAAGGCGACAACAAGGCUUCUGGCAUGAUGAGCAUACUUAUACCACGAUGGUUGGUAUCCUGGGCCGUGCAAGAGAGUUUGGCGCAAUAAACAAAUUGCUAGAGCAGAUGGUGAAUGAUGGAUGCCAGCCUAAUGUUGUAACCUAUAAUCGUCUAAUUCACAGCUAUGGCCGUGCAAACUACCUAAAAGAAGCACUGAAUGUCUUCAAUCAAAUGCAGGAGGUGGGAUGUGAGCCUGAUCGUGUCACUUACUGCACGCUCAUUGAUAUCCAUGCAAAAGCUGGAUUUCUUGAUGUUGCCAUGUCGAUGUAUGAAAGAAUGCUAGAAGUUGGCCUUACUCCUGACACAUUUACUUACAGCGUAAUAAUCAACUGUCUUGGAAAAUCUGGUAAUUUAGCUGCUGCCCACAGGCUAUUUUGUGAGAUGGUCGAUCAUGGUUGUGUUCCUAAUAUUGUUACCUACAAUAUCAUGAUUGCUUUGCAAGCUAAAGCUAGGAACUAUCAGGCAUCAUUGAAGCUGUAUCAUGACAUGCAGAAUGCAGGAUUUAAACCUGACAAAGUUACUUAUAAUAUUGUAAUGGAGGUGCUUGGUCACUGUGGAUAUCUUGAGGAAGCUGAAGCAGUCUUUGUUGAAAUGAAGCGGAAAAAUUGGGUUCCGGAUGAACCUGUUUACGGUCUUCUGGUAGACAUGUGGGGAAAGGCUGGUAAUGUUGAGAAGGCUUGGGAAUGGUAUCAGGAAAUGAUUAAUGCUGGUUUGCUUCCAAAUGUACCAACCUGCAAUUCCCUUCUCAGCACAUUUCUUAGGAUGUAUCGAUUGGCAGAUGCAUAUAAUCUUCUCCAAAGCAUGGUGGCUCUUGGCCUCAGGCCUUCUUUGCAGACUUAUACUUUACUUCUCAGCUGUUGUACAGAUGCACAGUCACCAUAUGAUAUGGGAUUUUGUGGUGAGCUCAUGGGAGUUACUGGCCAUCCUGCGCAUGCUUUUUUACUGUCCAUGCCAGCAGCAGGGCCUGAUGGCCAAAAUGUGAGGGAUCAUGUAAACAAAUUCUUGGACCUGAUGCAUUCUGAGGAAAGGGAGGGCAAAAGAGGGCUUGUAGAUGCAGUGGUGGAUUUUCUUCACAAAUCUGGGCUCAAGGAAGAGGCUGGUUCAGUUUGGGAGGUAGCUGCACAAAGAAAUGUGUAUCCAGAUGCGGUCAAGGAGAAAAGUUCCUGUUAUUGGCUCAUAAAUCUUCAUGUGAUGUCUGAUGGAACUGCUGUGACAGCAUUGUCUAGGACACUUGCUUUGUUUCGAAAGCAGAUGCUCAUGUCCGGUGUCGGCCCGAGCCGGAUUGAUAUUGUGACCGGGUGGGGUCGCCGGAGCAGGGUGACUGGAACCUCUCUUGUGAGACAGGCAGUGCAAGAACUGCUGCAGGUAUUCAGUUUCCCAUUCUUCACUGAAAACGGCAAUUCAGGUUGUUUUGUGGGAUGUGGGGAGCCUCUUAAUCAAUGGCUGCUGCACUCUUAUGUUGAGAGAAUGCAUUUACUGUAGUUGGCUAUUGUAAAAUCAUUUGCCUCUUCAGCUUAGAAACAAUUUUGCUGCAGGAAAUGAGAUUAAUGCUGAUUUUGUAUUUAAUUUCUAGUUUGCCAGUGUGUAGUUAUCCUAGCUAUUAUCUGCUAAAUUUAUUUAUCUUUGAAUGGUAAAGUGAUGAUUGAUGGUA